AUAUUCAUUUUUUCACUUAACAAAAACCUAUAAUAUCUUUACUAUAAAUAGAUCUAUAAUAUUUAUUUACUUAUAUCAAGGUUUAUUUUUAUUUUUAGACAUAUCAUGUUUCAUUCCUUUUCUCUCCCAAACACAAUUAUCAAGGUCACCUUUACGACAAUGUUUUCCGGCGUCGGUAGGGCUCCUGCUUGCCGGCGCCGGGUUUUCUCUCCUCUCCGACAACUCGUUUUCAAACACUCUCUCAUCUAUUUCUUUCUUUUUCAUGGCUUUCUUCUACUUUUUUCGAAGUUGUACCCUUAUAUCCAACAUUAUCACGACCGAUGCAAAUGAAAUCUUUAUCAAAACUGUCUCUAGAUCAAUUUUCUUUAAAAUCUUCGCGAUUCUCGUCGUUCGUCCCUCUCACAGGUUCUCCUCGAAGUCAAGACCAGCACCUCUAUGCUCCUCUUUCUGGGACUCAGAUCCCCUCACCAAGUGUUUUGCUUGGUUGCGACAGGAACGGAGCUCUGCGUUGACGCUGGAGCCGAUGAAGUACAUGACGGUAGAAGAAUCAUCCCAAAACGGCACCACAACCACAGAUCCGCCGCCGCAGUCAGAAAAGAAGUCAAAGGAAGGGUUAACCCUAACCCUAAUUCUACUAUUUUUCACUCGUAAUGGGCCUGGCCCAAGAAGUUUAUUUUCUCCAUCCAGCCCACCUUACAAUCUAUCCCAGCUCAGACAUAAACUAAGGGGCAUAAGCCCAUCUAUUAUAAGGCACAGACAUGUUUGAAUUCAAGCUGAAUCAUCUUGCGUCAUUUGCUUUGAGGAGCAAUGCAUCUCAACUCUUUCAAACCUUACUAAAGAACACGCCUCCAAUCUCUCAAACCUUACCGAAGAACAAGCCUCAACGCUCUCUAACUUUAUUGAAGAACACGCCUAGGUACUUUCAACCUCACACUUUCUCAAGCCUUUUUGAAUCAUUGAUUUGUGGCUGCGAUUUGAUUGAACGACACCAAUCUAGUCUCCCAAUGUUCCUUUGGUUAUGGCCUUGUGAUUAUCUUUGGCGAUUUCGACAAAUCUUAUCCGGCAUUUGGAAUAUCUUUCCACCGGCAGUCUCCUCGAUGGAGCAUUCUACC